AUGUCAUCUGAGUUGGGAGAAAGUAGUCGAGGUGAAAUAGGCCUCCCUCAGUUGGAGGCGGGGGACCUGUCUGAGGGGGAGGGUGGGGGACCAGCUCACCCCUUGGUGGAUGUGCCUGGAGCGGGCUCAGGGUGCGACGUGGGUGGAGGAGCUGGUCUGCCACAGAUCCAGGAUGGAGCUGUUAAUGGGGCUGGGAAUGGGAAUGAGGGGGCAGUUACACUGCCAGCAGUGGAGAGAGAAACCUGGACCAGACAGAUGGAUUUCAUCAUGUCCUGCGUGGGAUUUGCUGUAGGCUUGGGCAACGUGUGGCGCUUCCCUUACCUUUGCUACAAAAAUGGAGGAGGUGUGUUCCUCAUCCCCUACCUGCUGAUAGUGUUCAUUGGGGGCAUCCCUGUCUUCUUCCUGGAAAUCGCUUUGGGACAGUUUAUGAAACAGGGAGGGCUUGCCGCCUGGAACAUUGCACCUCUUUUCAAAGGUUUGGGUUUGGCCUCAAUGGUGAUUGUGUUCUUCUGUAACACCUACUACAUUAUGAUUCUGGUGUGGGGUCUCUACUUUCUCUACCACUCUUUCAACGACCCACUACCGUGGGCCACCUGUGGACACCCUUGGAACACCCCUAACUGUAGAGAGGACUUCAGCCGCAUCUGCCACAACGACAGUGCUGUUCAGACGACCAAACUCAUUACCUCUGUGCCGCCAUGGAACGUGUCAACGACUAUGUUAUUCCGCAACAACAGCUGCAUGGAAACAGAAGGCAUGCGCUCCCCUGUCAUCGAGUUCUGGGAACGCAAAGUUCUCCGUCUGUCAAGGGGCCUUGAUGAACCUGGUGACAUCAGCUAUGAGAUGGUACUGUGUCUUCUCGCCACCUGGGUCAUUGUUUACUUCUGCAUAUGGAAAGGAGUUAAAUCUACAGGCAAAAUUGUAUACUUCACAGCUCUGUUCCCUUAUGUGGUUAUGGUUGUACUACUGGCCCAUGGUUUCACCCUACCUGGAGCAAUGGAUGGGAUUAUAUACUACCUGAAACCAGAUUGGUCAAAACUCGGAGAAGCGCAGGUGUGGAUUGAUGCUAGUACCCAGAUAUUCUUCUCCUAUGCCAUCGGACUGGGUGCCUUGACUGCACUUGGCAGCUACAACCGCUUCAACAACAACUGUUACCAGGAUGCUUUUGUGCUGGCACUCAUUAACAGUGGAACCAGCUUCUUUGCAGGCUUUGUUGUAUUCUCUGUGUUGGGUUUCAUGGCAGCAGAGCAAGGUGUGGACAUCAGUAAGGUUGCCGAGAGUGGACCUGGCCUGGCGUUUAUAGCUUACCCGAAGGCUGUGACCUUGAUGCCUGUUGCACCACUCUGGGCAGCGCUCUUCUUCUUUAUGUUGCUUGUAUUGGGUCUGGACAGUCAGUUUGUCGGAGUAGAGGGCCUGAUAACUGGAAUCAUGGACAUGCUUCCUCCCAAGUCUGCCCUGGGCUCCUUGCGGCGAGAAGUUGUAGCAGCCAUCUGCUGCGUCAUCUGCUUCUUCAUUGACUUGUCCUUCGUCACAGAGGGAGGCAUGUAUGUCUUCCAGUUGUUUGACUACUAUUCUGCCAGUGGCAUCACUCUGCUGUGGCAAGCUUUCUGGGAGUGUGUGGUGAUUGCUUGGGUCUAUGGCGCGGACCGUUUCAUGGAUGAUGUGGCUCGCAUGAUUGGCUAUCAUCCCCUUCCCUACAUGAAGUGGUGUUGGUCCUACGUCACACCCCUCCUCUGCAUGGGAGUGUUCUUCUUCCAUGUGGUGAACUAUAAACCAUUAACAUACAACAAUGUGUACACAUACCCCUUGUGGGGUGAAUUGUUUGGCUGGGUAUUAGCCCUGUCCUCCAUGCUUUGUAUCCCACUCACUGUUGUCUACAAGUUGCUGCGCUGCAAAGGACCGCUGUGUGAGCGCUGGCAGCACCUGACCACCCCAGUUUGGGGCAGACAUCACCUGGAGUACCUUGCCCCAGAGAGCGAGGCCAAACUACUGCCUCUUGCAGGAUGCAAGAAUGACCAUCUCUUCGAAAGUGCCGUCUGA